AAACGCACGUUUUCCUCUUUCAAACAUACUUAACAUGCGCGUAUCACACACUAACGAUUUAUUUCGUUGACGCAACGUAUCGAACGUGUGGUGCAUUAUGUGACGCGAUAAGAUGUAACGCUGACACUGGAAAUUUAUGUUCUGGCAACAUAUAAGGGGAUAUAAGUGCACAUCUCUCUCUGGUGUAUACUUUGUUAUUAACUUUUGCAUCACAUUCGUUUUUUCAGAUUAUCGCGCUGUGUAAGGAGAGUUCAAACAAGACUGAUGAUAAUGUGAACUCGGAAGAGCCGCGCCGAUACCUUUCAUGUGCGCAACGUUGUGUAAUAUUGAACAAAUUUAUAGAAAAUGUUAAAAAACAGGCGAGAUAGAUUGAAGCUUCGGUUGUUAUACAUUGGAUUCCUUGCGUUGUAUUGUAUAACAAUAUUUUACAAUGAAGUUCUUGUGUACGAGAUACAAAAGUGGAUGUGGAGAACGUACGAAUGCUCGGAUUGUGUCAGAAUUCUUCUUGUAGCAGAUCCGCAAAUACUCGGGGAAAGAAAUGAGAAUUAUUUUGGUUCGUCUGUGGCAAUAUGGGAUAGCGACAGGUACUUAGAAGAAACAUUCUCAAGAGCACUCAGACAUUCUCAGCCACAUGUUAUUGCCUUUCUUGGUGACCUCAUGGAUGAGGGUCACAUAGCUACUCUAGACGAGUUCAAAAAAUAUAAAAAAAGACUAGAUUCAAUAUUUUCGACACCAGAUAACAUAAUGAAAAUUUAUAUACCAGGAGACAAUGACAUCGGAGGUGAGGAAGAUUCCGUUUCUCCGGGCAUUCUUCAAAGAUUUAAUUUCGCAUAUACUCAACCAGACACGUUGGUUUACAAAUCCGUUACGUUUUUCAAGGUUAACAGACUGACACGUACAAUACCAAAAGCGCCAAAAGAUGCCUUUCUGAAUGAUUAUAAGGAAAGAAAUAUAACAAAUGUUAUUCUCAGCCAUGUUCCUUUACUGUCUAUGCCCGAUCGUUUUGUGCAAAGUGUACUUGAAGAGUUAACACCUCAGGUAAUUUUUACCGCUCAUACACACCACGCGGCGCACGAAAGUCUGGACACGGCGACGGAUCAGUUGAGUUAUCCGGGUUGUAUUCGUCCGCAGCAAGGAAUGAUGCUGUACGAGCUGAGAGUGGACGUGGGAGACAUUCACGAAGUGCAAAUACCGACCUGUUCGUACAGAAUGGGCACACCGGACACGGGAUACGGGCUUGCCUAUAUAGAUACUCAAGGAAAAACCGUCGCAUUUACAAUUCUCUGGCAACCAGGCAGAAUCCCGCAGUUGUACGUAUACGCGGUAGUGGGUCCAGUUUCUAUUUUACUUGCUUUGAUUAUUUUCAAGUUCAACUGUUUCUGUUACGCAAGAAGUUACGUAGCGAGCAAUCUUCCGGAAAGAUACAAAGCCGGUUUGAUCCGGAAAGAUCCUCUUCUAGACAGAUGCAAUCUGCGAGUUUACAAAGGAUAGCAACGAUAAAUCGUAGAGACGUAACAGAUCGAUUGAUAAAAUCAAAUCAAAUACACCAAAUUUAAAUAACCAAGUUCAAACUCAAACAUCUUUAAGAUGUUGGGGCUUCUACUGCUCACUCUUUUCAUUCGUGCGCGCGAGUUAGAUAUGAUGUAGAUACAAAGAACCGUCCAGAAGACUUAGCUAUUGCCAAACAUUCCCUGUGCGAAACUCUAUAUCACGAGACUGAUAGUUUACAUUCCGAGAAAAUUAGAAAUUUCCACUUCUAAUUUUUGCAAGAGAGUACUUAUGUGUCAAAUACUUAGAAUCGUCAUUCACAUAGAUGUACAAUCGAACAUGUGACAGUGCAAUGCCAAACUUGUUUUAUUGACCAGAAUAGUCGAUUUCAAACGAUUUCAAUCGACAUCGUGCAAUGAACGAAGUUCAAUAUGUCCGCGGAAUCUCUAAUCUAAGUCAAAUUUAAAUUCCUUAUAUAUCUAAAACUGUAGAUUUUAGAUAUAAGUCAAAGAGUGCGCAUAUUUCUGUAUAUUUAUUUUUUUACAAUUUUGUAUUUCUUUUUGUUUUUUUACUUGAAACCAUUCCUUUGUUUGAUUUUAAGAACCAGUAAAAAGUAUACGUUGUUAUACUGGUGACACUUGUUUUAAUAUUCUAAUAUCCAGUAUUAAGAAUUCUCUCUAAUUUUUUUUACGUAGUUUAUAAGUGAAGACGCAAUCUCAUCUUAUAUAAAUUUCUCUCUGUAGAUUAUAUAUCACAUAUAUCUUAGUUUUACUCUAAUCAUGACAUUUGAAGGUUGAUUAUUAAUUUCUUAGUGAAAACAAUAGCGUAUAUAUAUACUAAGCUAGUGUGACAAGUUAAAAAGAUUGUGAUGCCAAAGCCUGAAUUUGUGCAGUUGUUAUUUUCUAUACACAUAAUAAUCAAAUUUAUCUUUCUGCUGUAAUAAAUAAUAUGAAAAGAGUAUUCAGUGUGUUUGAAUUAUCACACAUUGUUAAUAUGAUGUAACACAUAGGAAGAGAGAAUUUACGUGUUGGUUUGUAUACUUCACAAGAAGAGAAAUUUUAUUGUAUCAUGUUGCAAGAUAAAGAGAUCUAAAAAAAAAAAACUGUAUACGUAGUUAAAUAAAUCAAUCUAUGAUAUUUCCUUGUCAACUUGUGUAAACACGUACUUGUGGAAUAAA